AUGCCUCGCAAAAACCAGUCACUCAUGUCUCCUAGAAUAACUAGAUCAUCUGCUCGACAAGCGGCAAAUAUCGCAGCUUCAUCGACACAAUCCGCUACAGGCGCCGAUCCCGCCGCGAACGCCCCUGCAACCGCGAGCUCCAGUCCUCAAAACCCUACCGCCUCUGCGUCACGGAAACGAAAGGCUCCAGCUCAACCACCCAGCCCUACUCCGGGAACGCAGCAAUCCUCGACCGCCUCGACCAGAAGAUCGAAGCGUCAGAAAGUUGCUGAGCCUCCUCCGCCACCUCAACUUUCUACACAAACACCUGCUCCUCCUCGUUCCAAGAGGAAAGACAAAGCAACCGCAGCCAUGUCGAGCCCAGACACCCCUUCGGGCCCAGCGAACACAUCAGAGAACACCGUUCCGUCAGGGUCCUCGAGCCGCAAAUCGAGCAGAAGCAAGAGAACCGCCCCGAGUGCAACAGAUCCGUCUGCCAACACAUCAGGCUCUUCUCGUCGGACAAAACGAAACGCUACGAACAACGCCGAUCAAGAUACUGCGAUGACGGGCACAGACGAGGCAGAGAAGGAAGGAAUCCCCCCUCCACCGCCACCACCCCCCGAACAUAACGACGACGAUGAAGAUAGUGACGACAAUGACGACGACGAUGAUGCUCGGAGGUACGACGACGACGAUGAUGCUCGGAGGUACGACGACGACGAUGAUGACGACGACGAUGAUCCGUUCGGCGGUUUUGGAGGACCCGGAGGUCCAGGAGGACUGUCCAGCACCUUGCGAGCACUCACAGGCAUGAUGUCGGGCUUAUCCUCCCGACUGCGCGAGCUGUUGAGCAGCCUGCGUCAAAAGGAUGACCCCUCGAUGCAGCUGAUCGCCCUACAAGAACUCUCCGAGAUUCUCCUGGUUUCGAACGAGGACAAUCUGUCCGGCCACUUUUCGCCAGAUUCAUUCGUCAAGGAGCUCGUCAUACUGAUGCAGCCUAAUGAAAUCACUGGGGAGGAAAACCCCGAGAUUAUGCUCCUGGCCUGCCGCUGCCUGGCCAACUUGAUGGAGGCUCUGCCCGCAAGCGUCGCUAACGUUGUUUACGGAGGUGCGGUACCUGUCCUCUGUCAGAAGCUGCUGGAGAUAUCCUUCAUUGAUCUCGCCGAGCAAGCCCUGAGCACCUUGGAGAAGAUUUCGGCCGAGUACCCCUCCAGCAUUGUUCGCGAGGGCGGUCUGACGGCCUGCCUGUCGUAUCUGGAUUUCUUCGCGACAAGCACCCAGAGAACAGCUGUGACUACAGCCGCAAACUGCUGCCGAAACAUACCCGAAGACUCGUUCCCCGUCAUUAGGGACGUAAUGCCGACUCUUCUCAACGUUCUCAGUAGCAGUGAUCAGCGUGUGGUGGAGCAGGCGUCUAUCUGUGUCUCUGGAAUCGUCGAGAGCUUCAAAUAUCAGUCCACGAAGCUCGAGGAGCUGGUCAGCGUGGACCUUUUGAAGGCUGUUCUUCGGCUACUUGUACCAGGCACCACCAACCUCAUUGGGCCUAACAUCCACACUCAGUUCCUCCGAGUACUCGCCUUUACAGCUCGUGCCAGCCCUCAGUUGUCAGCAGAGCUUUUCAAGCUCAACAUUGUCGAGACCCUCUACCAAAUUCUCACGGGCGUAUCUCCGCCCAGCGGGACCGAGGACGUUGCCUCAAAGCUCGACAGCGUUGUCAUCAUGCAGGCGUUGAUCCACCGGCCAAGAGAGCAAAUCAUCGAGACACUGAACGUCAUCUGCGAACUCCUUCCCAGCCUUCCUCGCAACGCCGAUCCCGCUUACGGUGACUUUGUUGAUAUGAAUAUCACGGAGCCUAUUACGCCAUCCUCGACCGCUACUGGCAAAGCACGCAAGUCGCCCAACGACAAGCGCAUUGAGUUGCUGAAUGGCUGCAAAGCGGAGGUCCGCCGCUUCGCUCUCAUCUUGUUCCCGACGCUGACAGACGCCUUCUCGAGCACGGUGAACUUGAACGUCCGUCAAAAGGUACUCACUGCACAGCUGAAGAUGCUUUCCAACCUCGACGAGGGCAUUUUGGGAGAAUCUCUGAAAACUGUUCCCUACGCCUCCUUCCUUGCGUCGAUUCUGUCUCAGCAGGAUCAUCCAACCCUGGUCAUGCUGGCGUUGCAAGCUACAGAGCUUCUCCUCAGUCGCCUGGACGAUGUUUACCGAUACCAGCUUUACCGCGAAGGCGUUAUUUCUGAAAUCACCAAGCUCGCUGCAGAGGAGCAAACGCCCCCUCCUGCAGAGGCAAGCGCGUCACAGGAGACCAACAACACGGACGGACAAGCAUCAGCAGAAUCUGGAGACCACUCAUCAGAUAAUGAUGAAUCUGAAGACGAAGAGGAGCACGAGGAGUCUGACGAUGGUGAAAAUGAAGAGGACAAUGAGAACGAAGCUCAUCCAGACGACAUCUCUGGGUCUCCGGUCAGCUCUCGGGGGUCUACCAUGUCACUCGACGGACCACCUCAACACUUCUUGUCAUCAGACGGACAGUCUAUGCGAACCAGAAUCCGCGAUGUUGCUAAGAAGUUCCUGGAAAACCAUGAGACCGAGAAGCAUGGUAAGACCAUGAAGAAGAGGGCCGCCAAGAUCCUCUCCAACCUCUCUGAUCUGGCCGAGGAGAUUGAAGCAUUCUACGUCCACAGGACAGCAAGCAACCUUGCACCAGAGAAGGGUACCGAGCUGUUCAAGAGACUAGCUUCGUCAUUCGACGCGGAUGUGCUGGAAAGCGUCACGAGCGCGGAACUGCUGGCAUCUGGUCUUGUCCGAGUUCUUCUCGAUGUUUUCAGCAACCCGGACGAGGAGCUGGCCCGAGCGGCACAGUCAACCUUCUUGCAGGUUUUCAUGGGAUAUUCGGUCAAGUCCAAGCCCAAGACAGCGACGGCCGACUCGCCUGCGACCCCUUUCAGUGUUAUGGUCCACAAACUCCAGGAUCUGCUCAGUAGGUCUGAGCACUUCGAAGUCAUCACAGUCCAUCAAAACACCUUUGACGGCAACCGAAGCAGUGCAGCGUCGAUGCUCGCAAAGCAGAUCCGGCUCAGACUUGUGGCAGACGAUGAGUCAGAGAUUCCCCGUUCUUACCGUAACAUCAUGGUAUCAAUCCACGCCAUUGCGACAUUCAAGUCCCUGGAUGACUAUUUGCGACCUAGGAUCAGCUUGUCGGAAAGGCCGCGAGGCUCUAGAAGAGCCGACAACCUCUCUAGAGCCCUUGCUUCACUCGCAGGCUCGGCUGGGCUCCCGUUGAGCCACGCCGCAGCAAGACUUGCUGAGCGUGCAUCGGCUGCGUCCGCAUCAAGCCCCGUACCGCCGCCGCCCAGCGUUCCCACACCUGGUGGCUCGCGAUCCCUCCGCAAGACCAAGUCCAAGUCGACGCCGCAGUCAGAUACAGCAGCAACGCCCGACACCUCGUCAAGCACUAGAGAGAAGGCCGUGCUCCGCAGAUCGACACGCCGUAGUGCCGUAGCUUCGUCAGACAGCCCGGCACCCUCCAGACCCCCUCCGGAAGAGGACGACGACUUGCAGAACGCUCUUGAAUGCGCAGACGAGAAGCAAUUGUCCGACGACGAAGAGAUUGGCGGCAGCAGUGCCCUCGACGCCAUUGUCGGAGAUUUGGAUGAGGAUAUGGGCGAGUCGCCCGGCCCUGAGCCAGGUGCUGUCAACAUGGAGGUCGCAGCUGGCGGUAAGGUGACUGCACGCAAAGAUGACGGCACACGAGUUCCAACGCCAUCCCAAAGCUCUCUUCCGACCCGCACUGGCGGACUGCCAGCCCCAGCGACUCACGAGACGCCCACGCCCACGCCCUCAGCCUCUUCUCGGGCCUUGUCAUACGCUGCAGCCAUCCAAUCUGUGCCUCAAGAUUGGCACAUCGAGUUCACCCUUGAUGGUAAGGUGAUCCCGAGCGAAACCACAAUCUACCGCGCAGUUCACACAUCGGCUCUGAAUUCGGAUGAGCACUUCAGCCGCAGUGUCUGGUCUGCCGUUCAUCCCAUCAAAUUCAGACGCGCUCCUGGCCCGCCACCCGCAGAGACUUUGUCUUUCAGCCCCAACACCGAGGCCAACGCCGAAGAAAAUGGAGAUGGAAAUGUGCCCGCGUCACUGGCGAAGCACCCGUCUACUGCCUCUAUCCUUCGUCUGCUCAACAUCCUUCACGACUUGAACGCAAACAUUGAAGACGUCAUGGUUGAAGACAGCGAAAAGGAUGCAGUUCGACUGAACAUCGAGCCCCUGUCUCAAUUUGUGAACACCAAGCUCACUGCGAAGUUGAACAGACAGCUGGAAGAGCCCCUCAUCGUGGCAAGCAACUGCAUCCCCAGUUGGGUAGAGGAUCUGGCCAGACUGUACCCCUUCCUGUUUCCCUUCGAGACGAGACACCUGUUCUUGCAAUCGACGUCGUUCGGGUAUGCCCGGUCAAUGACUCGCUGGCAGAACGCUUCCGCCAAUGACGACGCCAGACGCGACCGUCGCGAUCACGACCGUCCAUUCCUGGGUCGCCUCCAGCGCCAGAAGGUGCGAAUCUCGCGGUCAAAGAUCCUGGAGUCUGCCCUGAAGGUGAUGGAACUCUAUGGUGCUUCACAGAGCAUCCUUGAGGUCGAGUACUUUGAGGAAGUUGGCACCGGACUGGGUCCCACCCUUGAAUUUUACUCCACCGUUUCCAAGGAGUUCGCCAAGAAGAAACUCAAGCUUUGGCGAGAGAUGGACUCGAACGAUUCAGAAGAGUACAUCUCUGGGGCCAGUGGACUCUUCCCUCGACCGCUUAGCGAUGAGGAUUCGACUUCUCCCAACGGAGAGCGCAUUCUUCAGCUGUUCAAGACGCUCGGCAAGUUUGUUGCUCGGUCCAUGAUUGACUCUCGCAUCAUCGACCUGAACUUCAAUCCUACCUUUUUCCGCAUUGGUGAUAGCUCUGCCGCCCCUGGAGUCAAGCCUUCCCUCGGUGCUGUCAAGGUUGUCGACCCUGGCCUGGCUAGGUCUUUGAAGACCAUUAAGAAGUUCGCCUUGGCCAAGAAGGAGAUUGACGAGGACCCUUCGCGCACUCCGGCGCAAAAGGUUGCCGACACCGAAGACAUCACCAUCGACGGCGUCAAGCUGGAUGAUCUCUGCUUGGAUUUCACCCUUCCGGGAUACCCCGAGAUCGAGCUCAUGCACAAUGGCGCCCAAGUCCGAGUCACCAUCGAUAACGUGGAUUCGUACCUGGAGCGUGUCAUUGACAUGACUCUGGGCACUGGCGUUCGCCGUCAAGUCGAUGCUUUCCGCACCGGCUUCUCUCAGGUGUUCCCUUACUCGGCGUUGAGCGCCUUCACCCCCGACGAGCUCGUCACGUUGUUUGGCAGAGUCGAAGAAGACUGGUCCCUUGAGACACUUAUGGAUUCGAUCAAGGCGGACCACGGAUACAACAUGGACAGCAAUAGCGUCAAGAACCUGCUCCAGACUAUGAGCGAGCUGACGCCUGCGGAGCGCCGUGACUUCUUGCAAUUUACAACCGGCAGCCCCAAGCUCCCCAUUGGAGGCUUCAAGAGUUUGACGCCCAUGUUCACGGUCGUCUGCAAGCCUAGCGAGGCUCCUUACACUUCUGACGACUACCUCCCUAGCGUUAUGACGUGUGUGAACUACCUCAAGCUCCCUGACUACACCAGCAUCAACGUCAUGCGGAAGCAACUGUCUACGGCGAUCAAGGAAGGCCAAGGGGCAUUCCAUCUUUCAUAG